UCAUAACAGAGAUUGAUUACUCCAUAGAAGAGAGAGAGAGAGAGAAAUGGAGGGUGGAGCCGUAUCGGAGCCGACUCGGAUUCUAGUAGCAGUGAACCAGUCGACGAUUAAGGGUUAUCCUCAAGCUUCCAUCAGCAGCAAAGGAGCUUUGGAGUGGACUCUCAAGAAGAUUGUCCGUUCCAACACUUCUGGCUUCAAGUUUCUCUUUCUCCACGUCCAAGUCCCUGACGAAGAUGGCUUCGAUGACGUGGAUAGCAUAUAUGCAUCACCUGAUGAUUUCAAGAAGAUGAAAAGGAGGGACAAGAUGAGAGGGCUUCAUCUGCUAGAGUAUUUCGUGAACAGAUGUCAUGAAAUUGGGGUUCCUUGUGAAGCGUGGAUCAAGAAAGGUGAUCCAAAGGAAGUGAUAUGCUAUGAGGUCAGAAGAGUACAACCUGAUCUUCUUGUUGUGGGAAGCCGUGGACUUGGUCCCUUUCAGAAGGUUUUUGUUGGGACUGUAAGUGAAUUCUGUGCAAAGCAUGCCGAAUGUCCAGUCAUCACAAUCAAACGCAGUGCAGAUGAAGCUCCCCAGGACCCGGUCGAUGAUUGAUUUUGAGUUUGCUGUAAAAAAUGGACUGUAAUACACUUUUCUUUUCUCUUUUUGGAGGGGAUUUGGGUUGUUUCUGUGUCUGCUAUGAAAUUGUAAGAAUGUUGUUAAAUUGUUAGAGGUAUUUUGUGAAGUGUGGUAAUGGUAAAUGUUUUCAUCUGUUGUAACUUGCCAUCUUUUGUUUUCUUUUUGUCUGCAA